AUGUGUGCGUAUCAGCGCCCUAAAUUCUUGCCGACCAUCUGCAGUUUGGACUCGCCAAUUCAUGCCCUGGGGGAGGGCUGGGUACCAUUGAUAACAUGCCCGGCAGACUUUCCUAUAGAAAUUUUUGAAAUCGCGGUAACUCAACUUAUACAUCACCCAGAAUACAACUCGACGCUUAUUCUUCGAUCCGAAUUAAUAUCAGAAUCCACUUCCAACUUUCCUGAAAAUAUUCCUGCGUUCGAUGAUUUUCAGCGGACGCGGUGUUUGCACCGGAAGCUCCUUCCUCGCAGACCUGGACGUGAUCCAUCUCUUGAACAGUAUUGUACGCUGUACGGAGCGACAACAUCGCAGCAGACGCAAGAUGAAAUCGAAUUUCCUCAGGUUUUGGUACUUACACCUAUCGUGGACGCAGGAUCAAGCCUUCCAUAUUACCACCCAGCUGUAUUUCACCUCGCCUUUCGAUACGUCCAUUCUCCACCAACUCUCAGAAUAGAAGUUUUACCACUUCCAGGGACCCCAUUAGACCCCAACUCGAGGCUAUAUCGCACUUGCCUAGCCCUACUUGACACUGUACACCGGUACGGCUGGGGCGCUAUGACAAAUUAUAAGAAGCGUGUAAUGCACGAUUGCUUGAUACCACGAGAGGAAUAUCAAGAUUUGUAUUUAAGCAUGAGGGAACGGUAUAAGCAUUUGGUGGAUACGUGGCAGGAGGUGACUGAUCCAUUGAAGCAUGUCUUUGAGGAUAUUGGAAUUGCAACGUAUCUAAUGCUGCUAUGGAAGGAUACCUUUAGCGAGAAAUCCUCAGAGAGUUGGCCCCAGCCACCUGGUGGAUUUCUUGACUUUGGAUGCGGAAACGGCUUGUUGACCCAUAUUCUUGUUUCCGAAGGAUACAGAGGUUAUGGCGUUGACCUUCGCGAGAGAACAUCCUGGACCCAUUAUCCCGAGGCAACACAGUCUUCACUUCGCGUUCAGGCGUUCAAUCCGACAUGCGAAGGACCAGAAUCGUCGCGCUACUUCCCACCAGGUGUCUUCAUCAUCGGCAAUCACGCAGACGAGUUGACGCCCUGGCUCCCCGUCACAGCAACGCUCAAAAACGCCUCUGGAUACAUAUCCAUACCGUGCUGUUCCUGGGCCUUUGACUCCCGAUACGAACGGUCCUCUACCCCUCCAUUUCCACUGCAGCAACCAACAGAUGAGUUCGCAGCAUCAUUGAACCUGGGCGGCGACGGGAGCCACAAGAGCUCGUACUCGAUGUACCGUAUAUGGCUUGCAAGUCUGAGCCUGCAUUGUGGGUGGGAGGUGGAGUGUGAGACGCUGCGGAUACCAAGUACGAGGAAUUGGGCCUUGAUCGGUCGACGUAGAAUAAAGACAAUGGAAAACAGCGAAUCACUAGGCAACGCAGCAGCGAUUGUAGAGGGUGUCAUAUCAAGAGGUCUGUUCAAAACACGCAAACCGGAGGCUGGCGACAUUGUGUGGGGGAAUUCGACCAACACUUCGCCACCCACAGAAUUGGUCUUUAAUCUUGGAGACAAUUCGUUUGUCCUGAGCUCUAUGUCGUUGGUGUUUUUAAUGACACCGGGCGUGGGAUUCUUCUAUUCCGGGUUAUUGAGGAGGAAGAACGCUCUCUCGGCCGUGUAUGUGACAAUGGCAGCCCUUGCGGUUGUUAGCAUUCAGUGGCUAUUACUUGGAUUUUCUUUAACGUUUAGCGACGAAGGAAGCCCUUUUAUAGGGAAUUUAAAAUAUGCCAUGCUUGUAAAUGUGCCUAUACGUCCACCAACAGAAACUGGGCGUGUGCCUCUUACAUUGUACUUUAUCUACCAGCUUAUGUUUGCUGGUGUCACGGCUGCUAUUGCCAUCGGAGCAAUCGCAGAGCGCGGGCGCCCUGGACCGGUGCUUAUAUUCGUUUUCAUUUGGACCACCUUGGUCUAUGAUCCAAUCGCGUGUUGGGAUUGGAACACUCUCGGAUGGACGAGGCGGCUGGGCGUGCUUGAUUUUGCCGGAGGAAUUGCAGUGCAUAUUUCAUCUGGCGCAGCAGCGCUCGCUAUGUCGAUAUAUCUCGGCGAGAGGCAUGGGUAUGGGACGGAAGGACCGUACAAGGCGAAUAAUACGACCCAUGUUGUGCUAGGUGCAGUCCUUAUGUGGUUUGGGUGGUUUGGGUUCAACGGAGGAUCCGCUAUGUCUGCAAAUUUAGUCGCCAUUCAAGCAUGCAUCAACACUAACAUUGCGGCUUCCGCCGGAGGACUCACGGGGGUGAUGCUGGAUUACAGAAUCCAAAAAAAGUGGAGCGCAGUAAGCUUCUGCUCUGGAGCGAUUGCAGGACUUAUCACAAUCACCCCUGGAUCUGGAUUUGUCGGCGCUCCUGCUGCCUUGUUGUACGGCGUCCUAGGCGGCGCUGGAUGUAAUUUUUCCUCCCAAUUUAAACGGUUGGGAUACGAUGACUCUCUUGAUAUAUUUGCAACACAUGGAAUGGGAGGAUUGAUAGGCAGUCUUCUUACGGGAAUUUUUGCCCAAGAAAGUGUUGCUAAUCUUUCGAGUGCGACCCCUGUGCGAGGAGGUUGGUUAGAUCAAAACUGGAAGCUGUUUGGCUUGCAGGCAGGGGCUUCGGCAGCCGCUAUGGUUUACUCAUUCGCCGUCACGCUCAUAAUCCUUCAUGUGAUGGGACUUCACCCACUUCUUGAUCUUCGCGCGUCCAAGGAAACACAAAUUUUAGGGAUUGACGAUAACGAAAUGGGAGAGCCAGCCAUGGACUAUUCGGAUUUCCCCCAUGCGCAGAAUGUCGCACAGAUCGUUUCUCAGGCGGUGAAUCAAGCCAUUGGAAGAAAUCAGGCGGCUAAUCACAUUGUUGGGGGGCAGGGCCAGCAAGGAGCCCAGAUUCAGCCUCUUCUUCAGCGACCUGCUCCUUCACCUUAA